AUGGUGAAGCUCUUCUGUGCGGUGGUUGGAGCGGCAGGGAGCGCGUUCUCUGUGGGGGUGGAUGAGAGCGACACGGUUGAUGACUUGAAGAAGGCAAUCAGAGCAGAGCCAGAGUUCGGCUACCCUAACAGCAAGAUGAACCUGUUCCUCGCCAAACGGGGCGACGCGUGGCUGACUGAAAACGAGGUCAAAGGCGUGAGUGACACCAGUAGUCUGACACAUCUGGAUGUUGCGCGGGCGGAAAUUAGUGUUGUCGGCCUCUCAGAGAAAGAUGUGCGACACCAAGUCGAUAAACACCAGGUUGCAGCAGGAAAUGGCCCUGUGAAUGUGAUGGUGGUGGUGGUUCCGACCGAAGAGGUGGUUGUGCCGGCGUUAUCGCAGCAGUCGUUCUUUUGGAAGCUUGUAUUAAAGAUAAGCAAGGUGCGGCGCAAGUCUCGGCGAUCGAAGCGACACCGCGACUCGGAAGCUGAACAAUCGGACGCUUCUGCUGCCUACUCCGGCUCGCAGAGUAGCGAUGACAGUUUGCGAGACGACCCUGCACCGCUGAGCAUACGGGUUCCUGAGCUGGACGUGAAGCUUUUUGGGAGUUGGGAAGAGCUGGAUAAGUAUUUGGCCAACUACAACAGGAAAAUGUACCAGUUGUACUCUGUGCGUACUGCAACUCCGGUCAAGACGCGGAACGAGCGGAUCAAGAAGAGCCGUACGCCAUGCAAGACGAUUCCUGAGGAAUUGGAAUUCUACAACAAAACGUUCGUCUGUACGCAUCACGGCAGUCCAAGGCGCAGCCGAAGCACUGGAAAGCGUCCUAAGCAGCACUCGAGAAAGAUUGGGUGUCCCGCCCAACGCACUGGAGACAGAUUCGAGGCGCUGCGAAAGUAUAUGCAUGCCGAUUUGGUACCGCUGUUACCGGAACCUCCCUCCCCAAAGCGCUACAAGUCCAAGCAACUCGAAUGGAUGGCACAAGUCGACUCCUACAACUGUGGCGUCUUCGUAAUUACAUUUUUUGAGAUGCUGCUGCUAAACGUCACUGUAACGGGGUCAGACUCGCCGUCUGAAUCUGCCAUCGCGAUGCAUUACUUCCGAUACCGUUUCCUUGACCACAUUUUAAGCUCUAUGUGA